CCCGAGUAGCAGCAGCAGGAUGGCCGACCAGAGCAGGCAAAUAAAACUCGCUGCAGCUAAGAAGAAGAGGAAGGUGAAGGGGCUAAGCCAACUCGAUGCACCCACCACAGACAGAAACUCCCCAGAUGAUUUUGACAGUAUUCUGAAAGCACUUAGUCAAAGCAAUGGAGUAGUAUUUCCUCCUUACUGCAACAGUCAGAGCUUUGCUGAAGUGGAGGCCAUGGGGGUUACAAUUCCCCUGUUGCUGGAGGAGCCAAAGGCCGAGUCUUGCCACGGCUCACCCGUGCUUAACCCCGCUAGCACUAGUAAUGCUACUAACCCCGAGUCUGUCAGUCAGAACACUGAGCUGCAGGACUACAUUGAUGCCAAUGGCAGUGAGAGUUUAAGGGAGGAAAACAGACCACUUUCUUCCACAGAGAGUCUGCGGCAGCUCUCUGAGCAACUGAAUGGUCUGGUCUCUGAGUCGUCUGGCGCCUAUGUGAAUGGAGAAAGUGCACCAGCAGUCAGUGAGAGGGACCUAGAGAGUCAGAAUCAGGAUCUGGCUGCCGCCCUGGAGUCCAGCAACCUAACAAACUCUCAGCUCAAUACCAAGCUAGAUCAGCUGGCACAGCAAUCUCGGGAGCUUUCUGAUCAGCUGCAGAAGGAGAGAAAGGAAUUUGAACAAAAGUUUUCGAAGGAACAGGGUGCUAUGCGGGAACAAUUACAGGUUCACAUCCAGACAAUUGGUAUACUGGUGUCAGAGAAAUCAGAGCUGCAAACAGCGCUACAGUAUACACAGCAGGCUGCACGGCAGAAAGCAGCUGAGGCAGAAGACCUCAAUAAUCGUCUGCAGGCAACGAAGCACAGAGUGUCGGAGCUGGAGAGGACACUAUCCACCGUCUCUACUCAGCAGCAGAAACACUUUGAGAAGCACAACAAAGAGCUUGAAAAGGAGAGAGACAACCUGAGGCUAGAAGUGUACAGACUAAACAGUGUGGAUGAAGAGGCGAAACAACAUAAUUCAGAGCUUUCAGAACAGUUGAAGCUGACAAAACAGGAGAACGAAACAAUGAAGCUUGAAAUAGAAGAUCUACGAAAAAGACUUGAGCUCACUGAUCUCAUGUUACAGCAGUGUUCCACUCAGUCAGAUCCCACAAGUGCCAACCAGCAAGUCCAGUUGUUGCUUGAAGAGAAACAGCAACUCGAGGUGCGAAAUCAUCAGCUGAUUGAGUCAGUUUCCAAACUGCAAACUGAAAGGGAUUGCUAUGCAGAGCAGAUCCAGGAAGAGGGCCGCGUUUGGAAAGACAAAACAGAACAGCUGCUCACACAGGUGUCACUGGUUGCUGAGGAGAGGGAUAAAAACAUCAACAGAGUCCAAGAGCUUGAGGCCAGCAUCACAGAGCUAAAAAUGCCGCAGCGUUAUUGUCCCAAGAGAAAGAAACUCAAGGUCAUGCAGAGCCUCAACUCUUAG